AGACGGAAAGAUCUCAAAAAUCUGCUCGUAAUAAGAAAAAGAAGACAUCAAAAUCAGGAAAUGAUCGAUCAGUUCGAAGUGAACGUAAAAGUAAACAGAAGAAAUCGGCAGGCGAGAAAAGUCAAAAAAGUCGAAGAACUCGGAAAAGUCGUGGACCGAAAGGAAAUGGAUUCACCUCUCGGGAGACUAUACGAAGAAAAGAAAGAGGAGAGAAAGGAAGAAAAGAAGGAAGUAGACAAGGAGCCAUGGAGUGGAGAAGAGCCUGCUAAGAGGAUGGUAGCGAAUGGAUUCUUCACAACUACCAAUGUUGGCGGGACAUUCAAACAAACCGACAACUUCAAAACGCCGAUGGACUCGUGCCCUUCUUUCAAGAACAACAUGCACAAAAUACGAGCUCCGGAUUGUCCAAUUCCGGAAGAAAAGCUCGUGAAGUUGGCGAAUGGACCGGAGAGUUUCAUAUGUGCUGCCAAAAUCACAGUUCCGGAUUUCAACCGAACUAUGAUCCUGACUCAAGUCCCUGAUCUGUCACGCUCGCCUGAUACUGCAGACUUCUGGAGAAUGAUCCACCAGGAGAGCAUAGUUUCAGUGGUUAUUGCAGUUAUGCCUCUGGAGGUGACACUCCAACAAAUCCUGCCUCUUCUGAGCGGAACAUACUCCACUUAUGGAAAAAUGUUCGUCAACAAUAAGAAGGUUGAAUCAGCUGUUGGGAUGACUGAAUAUUGUUUGGAAAUUCUUCCCGAUGGGUGCUCAAACUCGUUGCUCACUACAGUUUACCACAUGCACAACUGGCGUCAGAAAAGAGGAUUGGAGGUUGUGACAGAUUUAGUGACUACUAUGGAGAAGGUUAUGAAAGUUAAUGAGAACUCUGUUCUGAUGAGCAUGAAUGGUACUGGAAGAGCCGGAAUUUUUCAAGAAAAGCCAAUUGAAUUCAGAAACAUUCACACACAUACUCAAUGAACCUCCAGAAACAAAAAAAACUGUUUCAGAAUUUUAAUAAUUUUAGAAAAUUAAAAAAAUUAUAGUGCGAGCUGCUGUUUCAGGUUCGACUAUUAAUUUUUCUUGAUAUUUUUUGAGAUGUUAGUUGCAAACUUUUUUAUUGAGAGGAAAACUAAAGAAGAAGAUUUAAAAUUUGGAGCGCACUUUUUUUUUCAAAAUUUCUACUGCAUCACUUUUGUGUCUUAAAAAAGUUCAAUUUCGAAAUAUGUUGGAUCAGUCAUUUCAUUAUUCAGAACAACUUGGAUUUUUUUUCAAAACAUUCAAUGAAAUUUAAUU